AUGUUGUCCUCGUUCCUCGGUCUCCAGUACCGGAAGGACUGCGCCUUCAAGCAGGCCCAGCGGGCUGACCGCAUCCGCGCGCUGCCUGCGGCCUACCACGGCGCGCUGACGGCCGACGACCGCGCUUUGCUCGGCCUGCCGGUCGAGCAGCUGGUGCGCCAGGUGCAGGCCGGCGCGGUCCAGCCGCAGACGGUGCUACAGACGUACGGCAAGGCAGCGCUGCGGGCGCAGGAGCAGACCAACUGCGUGACCGAGGUGAUGAUGACGGCAGCCGAGGAGUGGCUGGCAGCCAGCAGUAGCAGCGGCGAUGCGGCCAGCGGAUCCAUCAACCUGGCAGGCCCGCUGGCUGGCAUGCCGGUCAGCCUCAAGGACACCAUCGUCGUCGGCGGCUUCGACGCGUCAGUCGGCUACAGCAGCUUCACACAGCAGGUCCAAGCGGCUGAUGGCGCUGCCGUGCGGCUGCUCAAAGACGCUGGCGCCGUGCCGUUUGUCAAGACGAACCUGCCCAUCACCCUCCUCAGCUUCGAGUCGACUAACGCGAUCUGGGGCCGCACCACAAACCCCCACAAUGCUCGCUACUCACCCGGUGGCUCCUCCGGUGGCGAGGGCGCCCUGCUCGCUCUCGGUGGCAGUCGCAUCGGUGUCGGCAGCGAUGUCGCCGGCAGCGUCCGACUGCCCGCCGCCUGGUCUGGCUGCUACAGCCUUCGCUGCUCAACCGGCCGCUGGCCCAAGCUCGGCUUUCGCACCAGCAUGCCCGGCCAGGAGGGCGUCCCCAGCGUCUAUAGCCCCAUGGCUCGUACCCUUGCCGAUCUCACCUAUUUCACCCGCGCCGUCGUCCAGAUGCAGCCGUGGAAAUACGAUUAUUCCGUCCAUCCGCUGCCCUGGAAGCCCGACGUCGAACAGGCUGUCGCUGCCCCCGACAAACUACUCCGCGUCGGCAUCCUCACCACCGACGGCGUCGUCGACCCCAGCCCUGCUUGUCGCCGUGCCCUCGACUCCGUCGCCGACGCCCUUCGCACCGCUGGCCACGACGUCGUCCUCAUCCGCGACAGCCCCGCCACCAGUACAGAUACUGAUAAGUCAGCCGAUGAGUCAGCACACGUCCCCAUGCCCCCUAACAUGGAACACGCCCUCAACAUUGCCGCCCAGCUCCUCAAUGCCGACGGUUGCCGCACCUUUGAAGUCGCCCGUCGUCCCCACGAGUGGCUUGACAGCGGUGCCAGCCAGAUGCGCCGCCUUGCCGCCCUCCCAGCCCCCCUCCGCUACCUCUACUACCUCUGGGUCCGCUUCGUCCGCCGCGACCCUGUCUGGGCCCGUCUUGUCCGCAGCUGGGGUCCCAAGUCGGCCUUUGAGAACUGGCAGCUCGUCGCCCAGCGCGAGGCCUAUCGCGACAGCUGGUUCCACUGGUGGGACAGUGCUGAGCUGGAUAUCCUCAUCACUCCCCCCAAUGCCACUCCUGCUCUUCCUCAUGAUGCCAUGCAUGAUGCCGUCAGCAGCUGCGGCUACACCUUCUUGUUCAACCUGCUCGACUACACCACCGGCAUCCUCCCCGUCACCCACGUCGACAGGACCAAGGACCAGCUGCCCGCCGACUUCUCCCUCAGGAAGCUCAAUGGCGUUGCUCAGGGUGCUAUGAAGCACUACGACGCCGACGCCAUGCACGGCCUGCCUGUGGCCGUCCAGGUUGUCGGCAGGCGCCUCGAGGAGGAAAAGGUAUUGGCUGCCAUGAAGAGGGUCGAGGAUGCGCUAGGCGACAGCAGGUACAAGCUGCUGGAGCUGGAGUAG